AGGGAGUUCAUUUUUCGAUCUUGUGACAAAUGUACGGCGGUGGAUCUAGCUACGGUGGAGGAGGCGAUCGCUACGGCGACUCGUCCUCGCGACGUGAUUAUGGCGGAAGCAGCAGCAGCUAUGGAGGAGGUCGCUCGGGUGGCGAUCGCUACGGCGGCGGCGGCGGAUUCGGCGGCGGGGGCGGCGGCUUCGGCGGUGGUGGAGGAUUUGGUGGCGGGGGGGAUUUGGGCUCCAACUUGAACACCAAUAUCCAAUGGGACCUGUCCAAGCUACCUGUGUUCGAGAAGAACUUUUACUAUGAGCACCCGGACGUGUCUCGCCGGUCUGAUUCGGACACGGAACAUUGGCGAGCCAAGCACACCAUCAGCGUCAACGGCAAGGGAGUCCCCAAACACGUGGAAACAUUUGAAGAAGCGUCCUUUCCUCAAUACGUCUUGGACGAGGUGGUACGCCUUGGAUUUGCCGCGCCCACGCCCAUCCAGUGCCAAGGUUGGCCCAUGGCGUUGUCCGGGCGCGACAUGGUCGGUAUCUCCGCCACGGGGUCUGGUAAAACGUUGGCAUUCUUGCUGCCUGCGAUUGUGCACAUCAAUGCUCAGCCUUAUCUGCAACCUGGGGACGGUCCCAUCGUGCUGGUGAUUGCGCCCACUCGCGAACUGGCGGUGCAGAUCAAGCAAGAAUGCGACAAGUUCGGGUCGAGUUCAAAGAUCAAAAACACGUGCGUGUACGGCGGCGUGCCCAAGCGCGGCCAAAUUGAAGACUUGUCUCGCGGCGUCGAAAUUUGCAUUUGCACCCCCGGACGGAUGAUUGACCUGCUCAACAUCAACAAGACCAACUUGCGCCGAGUGACGUACCUCGUGCUCGACGAAGCUGACCGCAUGCUGGACAUGGGGUUUGAGCCUCAAUUGCGCAAGAUUGUCAGCCAGAUCCGUCCCGACCGACAGACGCUCAUGUGGUCGGCCACGUGGCCAAAGGAGAUUGUGGCGCUGGCGCAUGACUUUUUGAACGACUUUAUUCAAGUUACGGUCGGGUCGUUGGAGCUCACGGCCAACAAAAAUAUCACGCAAGUGGUCAAGGUGAUGGGCGACAUGGACAAGUACGGCGCGCUCACGGACCUCCUGCGCGACGUGUACGACGAUGGCCGCAUUAUCAUCUUUUGCGAGACCAAGCGCGGCGCCGACGAGCUGUGCAACAACUUGAAGCGGACGCGGUACGCCACCCGCGCGAUCCAUGGCAACAAAUCCCAGGAAGAGCGCGACUGGGUACUCAAGGAGUUCAAGGAGGGCAAGGCGCAGAUCUUGGUGGCGACGGACGUGGCGUCCCGCGGGCUCGACAUCAAGGACAUUCGGUUUGUGAUCAACUUCGAUAUGCCCAAGAACAUUGAAGACUAUAUCCAUCGCAUUGGGCGAACGGCCCGCGCUGGCAUGAAGGGGACCGCCGUGUCGUACUUUACGCAGGACAACAGCCGCAUUGCCCAAGACAUGAUUCGCAUCCUCAUGGAAGCGGGACAAGAAGUGCCCCGCGAAUUGGAAAGCAUGCGCGGCUACGGCGGUGGUGGCGGCGGACGUGGAGGCGGACGUGGAGGCGGACGAGGCGGCGGACGUGGCGGAGGCUUUUCUUCCCGUUGGUAGAGUCGGCUGUCGCGCUUAUAUAUUGGCGACCAUGGAAAAGCAUGAUAUACUGGGAGCUCUAGGCAGGGCGACGUAACACACACUAAAUACACAUUCCAUGAGACAACGUACGCACUAGUGUACGCGGCGUCGCAUGCAGG